AUGAAGCCUUACGAUGCGACCACGGAUCCGGAGGAUCAUUUGUUUGCAUUCCUGACCCAAAUGCGUCUGCAAACUGCCGCAGAUGCAGUCAGGUGCAAGACUUUUCCCAUGUUUCUGGAGGGGAAGGCACGUCAGUGGUUCCAGGGGCUUCCCCCCAAGUCCAUUAGGUCCUUUGCUCAGCUUGCUCGGCUGUUUGCAGCCCAGUUUGUCUCAUCACGAGCCUUCUCCAAGAGCACGGCGCACCUAAUGACCAUUCAGCAAAGGCCUGAGGAAUCCUUACGCGAAUACAUGGUGCGUUUCAACAACGAGUCCCUUCAGGUCAGGGAUCGCGAUGACAAGGUGGUUAUGGCAGCCUUAAUUAACGGGCUGCGCAAGCAGAAGCUCUACACCGAGCUCGUGGAGAGACCUCCCAAGUCGGUACGGGAAAUGCUGGACCGAGCUCAUGAGAAGGCCAAUGCGGAGGAGGCUAAUCGCCUUAAGAGCGCACAAGAAAGGCUGAGGGAUGACAAACGUAGGAGGGGAGCCGACCAGGUGAAGGCUCGUCCCAACCAGGGAAGGAAGAGCACUUACGAUCGCCUCCCCAAGAGCCGUCCAAGUGGAGGAGAUAAGCCCUGGACUAGCCUCACCGCACCUCGAGCUCGGGUGCUGGCGGUCAUGGAACAGGAGGGGCUCUCCCGACCUCCUCGACCUUUGGGAGGGGACAAAAGCAGACGGGACCAAGGGUUGUUCUGCGCCUAUCAUCGAGAUGUGGGGCAUGACACGGAGGACUGCCGUCACCUCAAGAAGGACAUCGAGAAACUAAUCAAACGAGGUCACCUCGGGCAGUUCAUACGAGAGGACCGGGCUGACCAGCAACAAGGGAGGUCCAGGCCAGAACGACCAAGCUACCUCCGGGAUCGACCUCAGGGGCCUCAUGGUCGAGCUCCUGAACAGGAAACGCAGAAUCUGGCCGGGGUGAUUAAUACCAUCGCAGGAGGACCGGCUGGCGGGGAUAGUCAUACAGCUCGGCGGCACAAUCGACCUCCCCCCGCGGGGGAGAGCUCGGCCAAGCGUCUGAAGAUGUAUGAGGAAAUUAUCUACGGACCAGAUGACGCAAUCCCCCUGGCCUCCAACAAUCAUGAAGCUAUUGUGAUUGAGGUCAUCACCUGCAAUUACAAGGUGAAGAAGGUAUACAUAGACAACGGGAGUGCUAUAGACGUGCUGUAUUACAAGACUUUUAAAGAGCUGCAGCUGGAGGAUAGGCAGCUGGUCCCGGUUCGGACUCCAUUAAUCGGGUUUGCAGGCCCUCCCGUGAGGCCAGAGGGAAUGAUCACCCUCAUGGUUACGGUCGGAGUAUCCCCGAAGUGCCGAACUGUUCCGGUAAACUUCGUGGUGGUUAAGGAGCCGUCGUCAUACAAUAUGAUUUUGGGACGGCCCACACUGAAUGCCCUCCGAGCUGUUUGCUCUACGUUGCACCUCAGCAUGAAGUUUCCUACUCCCGAGGGGGUGGCUGAGGUGCUCGGGGAUCCAGAAGUGGCCAGGGCAUGUUACAUUGCUACCCUCAAGGGCAAAGAGAAGUUAGCAGCUCAAACAGCUUGCUUAGAGCCCUGGGAGCCCAUGGAGAAGGGAGAAAGAUUGGAAACGGACGAGGGAUUAACCGAGCUGCCCGUCCAGCCCGGCCGACCUGAGCGCACCAUGAAGGUCGGCAUGGGCCUAGCCGAGCUGGUCAAGAGUUCUUUGGAAGCUCUCUUGGAGAAAUAUGCUGAGAUCUUCGCUUGGAGUGCUGAUGACAUGCCAGGAAUCCCCACCGAGUUGGCGGUUCAUAGGCUACAGGUGGAUCCCAGCGUCCGACCUGUGAAACAGAAGAAAAGGAACUUUGCUCCUGAACGAAAGGAGGUCAUCAAAAGCGAGGUGGGUAAGCUGCUGGAGGCCAAGAUCGUUAAGGAGGUCUACUACCCGACCUGGUUGGCUAAUCCGGUGCUGGUCAAAAAGGAGGAGAAAGCCUGGAGGAUGUGUGUGGAUUUCACAGAUUUGAAUAAGGCUUGCCUUAAAGAUUGUUACCCACUUCCCCGGAUUGAUCAGCUCGUGGACUCAACAGCAGGUUAUGAGAUUUUCUGUUUCUUGGAUGCUUUCAAGGGGUACCAUCAGAUAGCCUUGGACGAGGAGGACCAGGAGAAGACCUCGUUUAUCACCGAGGAUGGCACAUAUUGUUACGUCACCAUGCCGUUUGGUUUAAAAAAUGCAGGUGCAACCUAUCAAAGGCUGGUAAACAAGUUGUUCAGGAAUCAGAUCGGCCGAAACCUGGAGGUUUAUGUGGACGAUAUGUUGGUGAAAAGUCGAACUCAGGAGCAGUUCAUCUCCGACCUGAGGGAGAUUUUCGAGAUCUUUUGA